GUGACCAGUACGCAAUAGCAGGCUCGAUCUGUUCUAGCUCAUCGGCACGCGUCGCUAUAGGACGUAGAUGUUUUAGCUCUUCAGGAAACGACAUGCUGAGGCUUUCAGCACAAAGCCUGGCUGUCUAGCACAGUUCAGCAAGAUCCAGCUCUAAAAGUGUGCUGGUGUGCGUCAGAAUCUGGGGGGAGACAACGCACAAAUGCAGCUCAUCAUCCGCAGCAAAAGGCACGACCAGCCCUGACACUAACUAUUCCUUGCCCGGCUUUAAGCACGCAUCCAGUUUUAGACCUCUCUCAGCAAUCUACCUUCCUUCUUGGUCAUCCCUGGUAUCAAUCACUGGUCCGCUCACCUUUCAUGAGACUUUAUGCGCUCUCGCUGCUGGCAGUGUUCGCAUCAGGCUAUUCAGCAGCGGCACAUACAAGGCCCAGAGACUAUGAGCAUCGCGAUUACUACGCGCUCGAGCUAGCGCAUGGAGCGAAUCUUGAUGAUGUCCUCAGGAAUCUUGGCGCAACCCUCGAACAUCCCUUUGGCACGCUGCCGAAUCAUUAUAUGGUCUCUGUAGGGAAAGAGAAUGGCUUGCAUCUACAUAAGCGAGAUGAUAGGGUGCCUUACUUGAUUCCACAAUUACCACGGCAACGCGUCAAGCGAGGUGCUGUACCUCGGCAAACUGUGGAUCAGUCGGCGGUGCAGCUGGAUGAGAGUAAGGUUCUUGUUGACUUCAUCACAGGUGUACAACAGCGGCAAGAUAUUCACGAUCCGAUACUCUAUCAGCAAUGGUAUCUAUUCAAUAGGCGUGAUGCAGGGUUGGAUAUCAAUGUGACGGGUGUCUGGGAACAAGGCAUUCUGGGGAAAGGCGCCGUUGUUGCCCUGAUUGACGAUGGUAUCGACAUGAACUCGGAAGAUCUUGCGGCGAAUUACUAUGCAGAGGGUUCUUAUGACUUCAACGAUCACAACCCGGUACCGGUACCAAAGUUGUUUGAUGAUUAUCACGGCACACGGUGUGCUGGCGAAAUUGCAGCCGUACGCAAUGAUGUGUGCGGUAUUGGUAUUGCAUAUGAAGCCAAGGUUUCUGGCUUGCGCAUAUUAUCUGGUGUCAUUACUGACGGCGAUGAAGCCAUCUCCCUCAACUAUGACAUGGAAAACAAUUGGAUUUAUUCUUGUUCCUGGGGACCCACCGAUGAUGGCAAGACGAUGGAAGGUCCACAUGAUCUCAUCAAGCGUGCUAUAGUUCAUGGUGUGCAAGAAGGUCGAGGCGGCAAGGGCAGUAUCUUUGUCUUUGCAAGUGGCAACGGCGCCAUGUAUGGCGAUAAUUGCAAUUUCGAUGGCUACACAAACAGCAUCUUCAGCAUCACCAUUGGCGGUAUCGAUCGAGUCGACCGGCAUCCGUCCUACUCUGAACUCUGUGCAGCACAGCUUGCAGUCACCUAUUCAUCAGGCGCUGGUUCUUAUAUCCACACAACCGAUGUCGGUGGCAAGUGCGCCACCUCUCAUGGUGGAACAUCCGCCGCUGCACCCAUUGGCGCUGGCAUCUUUGCACUCGUCCUUGGCGAGCGUCCAGAUUUGACUUGGCGGGAUUUACAGUACUUGUGCAUGCAAACAGCCAUACCUAUGGACCUAGAAGAUACAGACUGGGAGGAUACGCCAGCUGGGUACCGAUUUAAUCACAAAUACGGAUAUGGAAAGAUGGACGCCUGGGCGAUCGUCGAAACGGCCAAGACGUGGAACUUGGUGAAGCCGCAGUCUUGGUUUAAUACCCCUAAAAUCGUUGUGGAAACACUGCUGGGUGAUGCAGAGCACAAGGAGGUCAAGUCUACCUUCGAAGUGACCCAGGAUCACCUCAAGGAAGCCAACCUUGAACGAGUCGAGCAUGUCACUGUGACGGUCAAUAUUCAGCAUCAACGGCGUGGCGAUGUGACUGUAGACCUCUACUCACCCCAUGGAAUCCGCUCAAGCUUGGCGACGAUGCGAUCAAGGGAUGUGGCAGAUACGGGCUUUGUCGAUUGGACAUUCAUGACAGUCAAACACUGGGGUGAAGAUGGCGUGGGCAAUUGGCAGCUCGUGGUUGGUGAUCAUGAGGAAAAUAGCCAAUCUGGCAAAUUUUUGGACUGGACCAUGACGCUAUGGGGCGAAUCUCGAGAUGCAACAAAGGUCAAGAAGCUCCCAAUUCCAGGCGAAGUGGUACAAGAGCCAGUGGCGACAACAUCAGCGACUGUGGAGGUCACAUCCAAGCCGACUCUGCCGAAAGUGGCGCUUCCUACCAGUACGCCCGAUAUGCCAGUGCCUGAUCGGCCGAUUGUUGAGAAACCGGAGGAAGCGCCAGCAUCGCACAACAAGGAACCGGAACCCAUGCCGACCACCAUCAUUCAGCCUCUGCCGGAUGACAUUCAAGACGAAAAGAAGCCUUUGAAAUGGUCUUCAAAGAAAGCUGUAUGGAUCUACGUGGCUGCUGCUGCGAGUGUUGCGUUCGUUCUGUUCGUGGCGCUCUUCUGGUGGCUCUAUGCACGGCGUACGCAAACCGUGUCGCGCGAAGACUAUGAGUUCAAGGAGCUGCGUGCGUCGGGCGGUCAGGCUGGUGAGCUGUACGAUGCCUUUGCAGUGAAUGACUCUGAUGAUGAAUCAAUACAAGACCUGGACGAGCUAGAUCCACUCGCCGGGAGACAUUUAUAGGACUUGGUAGAGC